AUGUGCGGUUCAGACGAUUCAAGAGACCUCUCCAGUGGCAUCUCUCACGUGUGUGGGACGGCCGCUGUUGGGAUACGUUUGAUUCCAGUGGGGCCUUGGUUCGUGCAGACGAUCCAAGAGUGUCUGGUCGACAAGUGCUUGUCCCAGAUCAUUCCCUUACACCCUCUUGCUCCGGAGUUGGUCUUGUUCACCGAUGCUUCCUUAGAGGGGUAUGGUGCGCAUCUUGGGGAUCAACAUCUGUCAGGUGUGUGGAGUGCCUUCGAAAGGAGCCUCCAUAUGAAUCUGCUGGAGAUGGAAGCCGUUCGCCGGGCUUGCCUCCAGUUUCGGAGUAUUAUUCGACAUCGUCGAAUUUUGUUGAGGUUCGACAACGCGGCAGUCGUCGCAUACCUCAAUCGUUGGGGUGGCACCAAGUCCGAGUCACUGAGUCGCAAGGCCUUGGAGAUCCAGGAAUUGUGCGAUCAGUGGGGGAUUGUGUUGAUGGCAAAACACAUUCCCUCUUCAGUCAACGUCUUGGCGGACGCCUUGAGUCGUUGUUCACCUGUCCAAACAGAGUGGAUGUUGCACAAGGUGGUUGCGGGCAGGAUUCUGCAUUUGUGGGGAAGUCUACAAGUGGAUAUGUUCGCGACCAGGCUGAACCACCAGUUACCGGUGUUUGUGUCACCGGUUCCCGAUACUCUGGCUCUGGAGUAUGAUGCGUUGAGCAUGGACUGGACGGGGUUGGAUCUGUAUGCCUUCCCGUCCCCAGUCUUACUCAGCAAGGUUCUGCCAAGGUCGGAAUGCAACCGUGACGCCCGUGGCGCCGGGUUGGGCAGCCCAACCAUGGUUUCCUCAGCUUCUGUCACUGUUAGUGCAGGAGCCGGUGCGCUUGCCACCCCUUCCGGAUCUGCUCAGCCAGCGGCUGCAGCAGCCGGUGUGGCACCCGAAGCCGGAGGUCUACCGUCUUCACGCGUGGAGGUUGUCGAGUUUUCCCUGCUAGGCAGAGGCUUUUUGGAACGAAUUGCUGAACUCGUCUCCUCUUCGAAGCGCCGGUCAACUGAGCGAGUUUACCAAUGCCACUGGAGCGCUUGGGUUCGUUGGGCAGGUGAACAGGAUUUCGAUCCCUUAUCACCUACUGUCAAUGACUUAGCUGAAUACUUUCUGGCCUUGGUCCAGGAAAGGAAGCUUAAAGUUCAGACAGUCAAAAGUCAUCGUUCUUCCAUCUUCACUACUCUCAGGCAGUGUGGUCGGACAGACUUUUCCACGAAUCUCGCAUUGCAUGAUUUACUCAAAUCUUUGCAAUCCACGGUUGAGAGGCCUUCCAUUUUGCCAAAAAGGGACGUCUUUCUGGUUCUUCAUGCGCUCAAGGGUCUGCCUUAUGAGCCAUUGCGGUUUGCCACUCUUCGACUUUUGACUUGGAAGACACUUUUCCUGGUCUCUCUUGCGGUUUGUCGCCGUAUUAGUGAGAUUCAUGCUUUCUUGCAUGAUUUGGUCGAUUAUAACUCUGAUGGGUCGGUUACGUUGCGGACUGAUCCCAUCUUUGUGGCUAUCAUUCAAAGUUUGUCUCGUACGUUGCCUUCUGGUAAUUCUGACCGUCUCCUUUGUCCGGUCAGGGCGUUAAAGUAUUAUCUGCAUCGUACUAUACUUCUUCGUGGUGGGAAGAAGAGGCUGUUUAUUUCUUACACUAAACAGCCGGGAGAUAUUACUAAGAAUGCAUUGUCUCAGUGGAUUGCUGCAACCAUCAAGCUGGCGGAACUUCUCAGUUCGGCCUCAUGA